UUGCACAUUAUAGACUUAGCUCAUGAAAGCAACAUGCAUGCAAGUGACAUCAUUGCAAUUUCUGAAAGCAGACUGAAACAAUCUGAUAAAAAUGAUGACUACAACAUUCCUGGCUUUCAUAUGUACAGAUUUGAUGAUGAUGUUGGUGUAAAUUGUGGAAGGUCUUACAAGGGUAUUGUUGUAUAUACAAAGCUGGGAGUUAUGGACAUUAAAAGGUUAUUCUUGUGUGAAAAUGUUGAUUCUGUACUCGUGUGUGUCACUCACAAUGGAAAAAUGCAUCAGAUUGUAUUCCUCUAUUUUUCUCCACAAGGAACCAGUUUGUGCAAACUCUGCAAUAUCCUUAAUCAAUUGCUUGGCAUUCUGGAAAUGGACAAACCUAUUAUAAUAAUGGGAGACACAAAUGUGGACUUCAAUAAUCAAAAUACUCUAAGUAAAUUUAUGGAUUUAAAAAAUAUUCGCCAGCUUGUUUAAAAUGCAACAACAGAUUAUGGUACUUGUUUAGACCACCUUUAUACAAACAUGAUGUCCAAUGAUCAAAUUUCAUCUGCUACAUUAGAAUCCUAUUACUCUGACCACAAACCAAUUGUUGCUUACUUACCAUUUUUAUAAAAAUCUUCUGCAAGUCAAAUGUAAUACUUGUGUAUAUCCGACCAUCAUUAGUGUUAGUCAACUAAGUCAACAACUAAAUUGAUUAAUUGCAUCUCUCAUAUAGAAAACUAUAGCAGGGAAAUAAAAUUUGAAUAACCCUUGCCAUCAAUAUUUAAUAAAUUGUUUGAUUCUCUUCAAUAGGAUAAAUUUCAAUGAUAAACAAACAUUCAGUUACUUAUAUAAGAACAACUAAGCAAUUUUAAUUUUCAUGUUCUAUCCCUAUACUUGUUGUCAAAUUUCAAUGCACUGUUUUAUGAAAAUUUAUGCUUUUUACUUUCAGAAUGGCUCAGAAAAGCCUGUCAGAGCUUAAAAACUGUCACAGUGGGACCUCUAAGCCAGUUCCUUACUCAGAUGGAGUAACCGUGGUGGUAGUUAAGAAAGGUCACACAGCAAAGUUUGUCGAUAGUAACGGACAACAGGGGGAACUACUAAACUUCAGUGUUGCAGACAAAUCUGCUUCCAUGUUGGCCACACUUUCUGACAAAACCAAACACAGCAAAAUUGUUGAAGGGAAAACUUUCCUUGUUCGAAACUUCAUCCUGAAAGGAGGGAAGAUAACAAUGUCGUCCAAAACCUCCAUCAUGGGUAAACCUAGCCUAGAAAUUCCAGAUGAAAUCAGGACAAGUGCUGUCCGGUUAAUCUUACCACCUUCUCCUGAAAAGAAAGUUGCAGAAGUGCACACUGCUCCCCUCAGAAGCAUCUGCUCUGUGAAAGGUCAAGUGAUUAAGAAUGAGGCUACAAGAACUGUAAGAGUAAGUGGAUCAGAAACAACUAUAAGGACCAUUACAAUUGAAGAGAACAGUUCUACCAUCGAGAUUACUUUAUGGCGAGAACUUGCUGAACUAGCGAUAACCAUUGGGGACACCCUGCAAAUCACACACUGUCUCCUGAAUGAGUGGCAAGGAACGAAAGCCCUCAAUACGACUAGGAACACCACGAUACAGGAAAUACAGCCCUUGGAGGCAAAUGUAUCAGGAACAGUGCAAGCCCUUAGUUUAACAGAAACUUCCUGGGAAGUCUGCCUCAAAGAAGACAACAAAGAACAAUAUAGAGACAUUGUUAUUGAAAAAGACAUGAUGCAAAAUGCAUUAAGCCAUAUUGACGAAGCCUGCCUUCUGACAGAAGAGGAGUUAGAAAACGUCCUUAUCAACAGAAUUCCAUUCAAACUUCAAGCUGUCAUGAUGGGAUCAAGAAUUCUUAAUCUGCAACUUGGAAUUUUACCAGCACAGCAGAUUCCACAUCCACAAUUUGAGAAAAUGGAAUGAACAUUGCCUUUGUAAAUAACAUGCACUAGCAAGUACAUAUAUAGUCACUCUUUCUAAAUUCUGGGAGUUUUUUUGUUGUUGAGAAAUUAGAAUACAACUGUAAAUAAUAGUUACACUUUCAUGAGUCAAAGGAUAUACUCAUAUGUGUUUGAAUGUGUUUUAUGCAACUAGUGCUUAUUUUUGGGAUGUUAUUUGUAUCAAAAAACAACAAAUUUUUCUUAUGUUUUUUUGUACAUGUAUUUUAAUAAGACAGAUGUUUGUAGCAGACUACCUUUCUAUUUUUUAUUUGGUUUCAAAAUUUUUUGAUCAACUGAUAUUUUAUGAAAUUCUGACAGAUUCAGGUAAUAUUUUGGAAGAAACUGAAAAAUUAAUUGUUAUUUCCUAUAACAACUGUAAAAAAUAAUAAAUAUGUCACCUUAUCAUUCACAAAAAUCCAAAAUUAUCAUUUCUUAGCUACAGACUCUGUUAUAACUUUGCAUCUGCAUGGCUGAAAAUUGAAAGAAAACAUAUUUUGAACCUGUACCUUUCAUGUGUAGUUUUUUAAAAAUAUGUUAACUGACUGUGUGUGCGUUUACUAGUAAUAGUACAUUUUCUUGGGUAGUAUUUAGUCUUCACACUUACUUGUAGUACAGAGCUUUAAACUACUUCCUUUAACGAACAUGUAUCAUAGAUAUUUCUAAAAUUAAUAUACUUUAAACAGGGAAGCUUCUGUUUAGUUUACUCUUCAUGUUAACAACCAGACAAUCUUGCAUGUCAUUAAUUGUCUUUGUGAUGUUUCUAAAUGUAACUUGAGAUUUGAAUGAUUUGUUAUUAAUUGUCAACUACUAUAGAUAAUGGCUAAACUUCUAAGUAUUGUUGAGUUGAUAAUACGUGUAUUCUUUGUACCAAUAUUUUGUUGAACUGUACACACCUGUAAAUAUAGGUUUUGUAUACAUUUAUGUAGAUUGAAUUUUGUCAUUCACUUCUCAUUUUCCAUUGAUAUUAUCGUUAUUUUUUAUUAUUAUUUGGUUAUGGAGAAAAAAACUUACCAGUCUGAUAUAUAUCAGAAAAAUUCCAAUUUUACUUUCAAUAUGCCAAUAACAAAAAGCCUAAAACUCAUUUUGUUGUACACUAUGAUUAAAAAAAAUGCAUGACAAGGUUAUGUCCAAGUCUAUUUUAAUCAUUUUUCAAUGUUUAGCAUUUAAAUUAUACAGUAGUGUUAGGUAUUUUACUUGCAAGAACACUUUUUGUAUACUUUCAAUAUGUCUUUUGUUGCAUUUCCAAAUGUGUAAAAAUUAUGCACAACAUAGAAACUGUACAAGUUAUUGUUUAAAGAGGAAUGAUAAAACUCAGCUUGUAAAUGCCAUGAAUAUAAACAUGCCAACUUCUGUUUACUUUAACUUUAAUAUAUUAUUAUUGGACACUACUUCUCAGUUUCAUAAUGUAACAUUUAUAAUUUCCCCUCUUCCAUUGCUGCCAAAAUCUCACUUUUUCUUACAUAAUUUACCAAGACAGUUCUUCUUGUCACUGACUGAUGAAAAAUCAUCUUGUGAAGAGAUAUAUUCUAUUACAAUUGUCAUUAAUUCCAUAUCUGUUUUCCAAAUAACAUAAAAAUUACUUUUCUCCAUUUUUAACAGAUUGAAGUUUUACCACAUGUAUAUGUUGUAAAAAAUAACUCAUUGUUCAAACAGUUUUGAUUAAUUAAAAUAUUACUUCAAAAUAAUUUGUACAAGGUCUAAUUUGAAACAUCUGCAAAUAAACGUUAU